CCGGUUGCUACGGCCCGUGCCCUUGGCCUCAGGCCAGGCCUUGCGGCGGGGGUGGGGGUCGAGGGUAGUUAAUCUAGGUGCUUUCCCGGCCGACUGCUUCUCGCGGGAGACCGCCUUGACCUUUACCUCGCUGCCUCAAUUCCGAGGAAAAGAUGAAAGAGGAAAAGCCGGUCGUUUUGAGAAGCAGCUGAUUGCCUUGAAGGAUAGUGUAGGGGUCCAGCGCAUCUUCUCCAAUAAUACGGAAGGAAAAUUACCGGCAUCUAGGGGGACGUACUAACAGGGACCAUACCUUGAGCGCUUGUGUGCAAAGUUAUCUUUGGGGGAUAAAACGGCCCAUUUAUGCAGCUCCAGAGCAUUCCCUUCCCAACUGUCAACGGAAUCCUGAUGUGCCAGGCACUUUGAUGUUGCCUUGAGAACUUAGUGCAUGUUUUGAGCUUCUGGCAUUAUUUCUAAAUUGUACCAAUUGGAACAGAGAUCCUGGAAAAUCUGAUUAUAUUGAAGACCAUCUUAGUUUUGGGUUAAAGAGUAUGACCCAACUAGUCGUGGUUGAAACUUAAAACAAGUCCUUUUGCAGAAAGAAAACAAGUUACCUGUGAACUGUAAACAGAUAUUUCGAGUCUUAAGAGGCUAUCAUGGAGGGAUUUCCUUAAUCUUUUUGACCAAAUAUUUUCCCAAAUAUGUAAAGUAAUAACAGUUUGAAGGUAGAGGUGAAAAAAUGAGUGUUAUUUUUACUGUUCGGGAAAAUCAGUAUCUACUAAAUGAUCUAGCAUGGGCAGAUUGAACAUUUUGCUAAUAGGAGAAAUUUUAGAAUGAUCCUGAUUGGUAAUAGUGAAUUCUGCUUGGACUCAGCACAGUAUUAGCAAAGAAUGAUUUUCACUAAAAUGUAGAUUCUAAUGAAUUACUUUUCAGCAACAAUUCAAACAUAUUGAAAGCCUUUUCAAUUCCCGAUUAACCAAUAGCUGUGAAAAACAGUGUUCAUUGUUAGUUAAAAUGCAAAACCACCCACAACUACUUCGAAGACCUUUACCUCCAAAACUCCCUAAGCUGCCUUUACCUAAGAAGAGAGUCUGUGCAGCCAAGACUGGUAAAGCUAAGCCAAAACGUGUGACGUUCACUCCAGACAAAACCACUUCAACUGAAAGAAAGAAAACUAGUUUUCCUGAUGUUUCAAGAGAUCGAUCACAAACCCCUAUCAGUAUCCAAAACCUCUCUCUUGAUCAUCAUGUACAAGAAAGAGUGACGACUAUUUCAAUACCAAGAAAAUAUUUUAACAGGGUCUAUUGGCACAUUCCAGAGACUGUUACCGGUUGCAUAUUUUUUCCAAGCUGUCAUUCAGCCUCACGUCGAGUUUUUGGGAAAGAAACAAGCCAAACGGAAACUUCAAGAAAAUCAAAACGAGAAGUGUCAAAAAGAAAAAACAUUUAUGUUGAUAACAUGUUCAAAGACAUUCUGAUUCUCUCCUCAGAGUUCUCCAGACCUGCAAGUGCACCUUUCCCAGUUAUUACUCCCAAACCCAAGGAAGUUCUCUCUGAGUAUCCACCUUUAUCAAAGAAUAAAACCCUUAUUUUUAAGCAGGCUCUGAUAGAUUUAAGUGAAACAGGGCCAAGCCCUCCACCAAGAAGUGUGCCUGUUAAAGCAGAAAGACAGUGGUCUGAACGUUUAAAGCGAAAUACUGCGGUGGUACUAACUAUUAGUAAUUUUCCAGGUCCCAUCGCCCUACCAACACCAAUUUUGCCAAGAAAACCUCGAAGACAGUCUUUGUUAGAAACUCAAGUAACAGAAUCCGACAAUGUGGAAAGCACGUCGAGGCAAAGCGUGUCAAACCUGACGGAAGGUAUCGUUAACAUUAAACCUAUAAAAAGAGAGGAGUCACAUGUGAUACGGGGUGAAGGUUUUAAGACUAUUAAUGCAACACGAUAUGAAACAAUAAUAGCCAUGACCAACCUAGCCAUAAUUAACUGUCAAAUACAUGGAAGAAAUGCACUUAAUCUUAAGGGUUUUUUUAUUAUGAAUUGUCCAGACUUAACACCGUUGGCUUCCCAAUUGAUAUAUCUUAACUUAUCCUUUAAUGAGAUCCGUUAUUUUCCCACAGAAAUAUUUUGUCUUAAAAAUUUACAACUACUAUUCCUGAGAAAUAAUCCUAUCAAAGAAAUCCCUUCUGAAAUUCAACAGCUUAAGUUCCUUAGAGUUUUCAGCAUCGCCUUUAAUUUGAUCACGACCCUUCCACCUGGGUUAUUUUCUUUGGCUCAUCUUGAGGAACUUGAUAUCUCCUACAAUAGUAUUCCUUCUAUCCCAAACAAAAUCCAGAAACUCAGAUUACUUGAAAAUCUGAAUGUUAACGGGACUGAUCUGACUACUUUUCCACCUGCGAUUUUGAAGCUUAACCUGAAAAAACUCCAGUUUGAGAACACUUUCACGCAUCCUACUCUUUGGAAAGAGAAUUCUUUAAAUAGCCCCCCGUGUCUGACUCAUCUUACUUCCUUGUUCUUCUUAAAAAGUAAUCUAGACAAAUAUUACGAUGAGAUCCCAGUGGAAAUUCAAGAGCUGCUAAAAUGCCCGUCUAGAUGUGAAUGGUGUCACGGUCCCAAGUUUGGUGAAGGUUUUCGAGUCAUCCGAUCCUGUGAUAUUUUUGGAGCAACACAGCUUCCUGUUUUGUACCAUGUCUGUUCUUCCUACUGCUACAGAAAAGUAAAGGAAAGCAGUUUUAUUUUAAAGAAUGAUCCCAGUAAAAGAAGAGCUCUAAAUUCUGAGUUGAUAAGUCAUACAAUGAUUUAGGAGUCCCACUUUAAAAGCCAUUAAAGUUUGUGUAUAUGGUAAUUCCUGUCUUUGAGAGUAAAGGUUCUGUCUUCUGUGACGCCUCUUUGUAACCCCAGCUCCUUAAGGAACUUUGUGAUUGUGAGGGAAUUGUUGCAGAAUAAUUACUUUAGGAAGAUUAGUAAAAGGUCUUUGGAUUUCAAUGAAGAUCUAGAAAAUUUCUUUUAUUGCAUGUUGGGCGUAAAAUGAGAACUGACAGAAUCCUUCGCAAAAAAACACAAUUUAUCUUACAACUGGCUUUUUUGGGCAUCCAUUCCAAGUGAUAAGAUAGCAUUUCAAAGUCAACCAGUGGCAUUUGUGCCUCCUAUGGGUUCAAAGCCAUGUACCCAAGUUCUCUAUGUGAAUUCUGUUCGUGAAUUUUUGUGGAAAUCUGCCCAGUGCCAACCAUCUCCAUUGUGGAUUGUUUUCAGUAAUAAAAGAUUUAUUCCAGUCCUA